CCUCGCCAUGAGGCAGGAAGCAUUCCGAAUCAUUUUCAGUACAAACUUUGUGUCGAGCACACGUAGAACCCACUCCAAUCAAAUAAACGCAGUCAAUCAAGCACUACAGAAUGAACUUUUUGCUGAUCCUUGGGUGUGCCAUGAUGAUGAUGAUGAUGCAACUGGGGUUGAGCCACUGCCUGCGGAUGAAGCGCUCUCAGGACGACACUGCAACUGAUUACAAUGGCACCACCAAAGCUGGCACCGCUGCUCCGCUGAGCGGAAAGGCCACCGUGGUGUUUGCUUCAACCAAUGGCUCCGUUACCAGUCCUGGCAUCGCUUCAACCACAUCUUCGAAGCUGGAGAUUACAGCUGUACCGAAGCAAGGAAAAACCACGAAUGCCACCACCUCUUCAGUACUCGCUGCUCUGGCAUCCACAACUACAUCCACUACCUCGCCUUCGGAUGCCGGCAAAAUCCAGCUGGUGGAGGAACUGAUGGGGCUGCGCCGUCCCAAGCGGCGUUUGGGUGGCCUGAUGGAGGAGGGCCUGCAGCCGCGACAGUUGCACCACAAGCGUCGCCAACCGGGGGAGGCGGUGGUGACCACCCCACUGCCACCGAUGGCACCGAUGCCACCCAACCCCUAUGUGUACUACAACAAGCUGGUCUCGCCGGAUGGCAAGCACGAGGUGAAGGAGUUCGAGCUGCUGGCACCCAACAUGGUGAUUGAGAGUGUGCAGCAGGAGCUCAACUACGGCCCCGAAUUGCUGCCACCGGAAUUGGCCGGGGUGCUGCUGCUGAAUGCAGCCGAGAACGGGCAACGCACUGUCCAUAAUUCAGCGCCACUGAAGCACCACCACAAGCACAAAUCCUCGCCGGCUUUGCCACCGAUGCUCUACAUGCUGCAACAGCUGCUGCAGCAGCCCACAUUUGAGGGAAAUGUUCUGGUGGAGCCGCCAAAGGAGCCACAACAUCGCUUAAGCUCGCCCCUCUAUCAAUUUCUUGAUGGCGCCAUGGAUCUGGCUUGGCGCAACAAUCCCGAUGUCUUCGAGCACCUUUUGGGGGAUCACCUGGAGCUGGAGCAGGAAAAGGACAAACUGAAGAGCGGCAAGGACAACGGACUGGCCAAGAAGGUCAAGAAGGAUAAGGAUCUUUUCGCUCCCAAGGAGGAGCUUAUCGUCAGCUGUCCCAUCCACCAUGAGCACCAUGCCAAUCGAAAUGGGGAAAUGGUCGAAGAUGAUGUGGUCCUGGUCAACGAGUGUCAUCUGGCUUAGAUCUAAGUGGGAUAACCCAAAGGACAUGAGGUACUUGGAUAAAAAAAAAUUUUAGGUUUCUUCGUUUUUCUCCCAUUUGUUUUCCCUUUGCUUUGGCAGAUAAGUCGGCCUUAAAUUGUUUACAUGUAUUAAUGUUGCGGUUUUAAAGGUUUUAAGGCCGACCUAGUUGAAAAACACAAGUACAAUAAAAACUAAAUACGGUGCUAAA